AUGUCCGACAAGACAGUGCAAAGGAACGGGGGGUAUAGAAACAUUGUUCCAUCAGCAAGAAAAGGUAUUCAUGAAGCACACAAUACUGUUACUAUGAAUGAUACUCGUCAUAAAGACCAUCGAAAAGUGCAGGAAGGUUACGAUGAACCAGAUAAUGUGCUGAGCAAGCCAAUUAGACACUCAAGUCCUAUAACAACUAGGAGAUUAUUACCAAGAAGAUCAUCUGUUGAUGCUAAUUUAACAGAAAGUAGUGAUGAUGAAGUUGAUGUUUUGUCCAAAUCUUCACCUGCUGUCUUAUCACUCCCUUCAUUUUACAGACAGGAAAAUAUUCAUCACAGUAAUUGUCAACCAACAAAUGACAGUAUAAAUUCUAGUUAUGAUGGCAAUUGCUCAAGUGAAUAUACACAGUUAUAUGAACACCAUAACAUAUCAACAAAAAGCUUGAAGAAUGGUGAAAAAACUGGAUCAACUUUUAAUAAUUGUUUCUCUAUCAUCCUUGUUUCCACUUGUGUUAUUGCAAUGGCAAUAUGGCUUGGAUAUUAUCCUCAAAAAACAUAUUACGAAAACACUUAUGAUAAAUUUGAUUUCUAUAAAGAUGUGAAAAGCUUGGCACAAAAAUAUCAAGUAAAGCAGGAUGCUAUGUUGCAAAUUCGAACAGGUAUUGAUCAAAUAUUUGAAAAAGAGGAUACAGGGUCUUUUAUAUUCACCUACGAUGGUGAUAAACCUGGCUUUGACCCAGUUCAGUUCCAUACCUUCAUGGAUAAUAUAGCGUCGGCAGCGUCGCGAUAUUUACGUAAUGACACUCAAAAUGUGCAACAUAUUGUAUUAGAUAAUUCGAAUGUUAUAAGUUUGAAGUCUGAUAUUGAACUAAUUAAUAAAUACCGAGAAGAUGUUAGUAAAAGAGGCGUUUUACUUGUUAAGAAUGUCGAAAGAGUACCAUCAGAUAUUGCUAUGGCCUUUCACUAUUACUGUGAUGAAUAUAACCCACUAGUGAAGAAAAGCGCUAUCUUCUUUACCUUGAACGUUGCUAAAUGCUCCAUACCAUCAACUAAAAAAUCUGCGCAUGACUAUGUUGAAAGAUGUCUUAAGGGAAAAUGGCAAGGAAUCCACAAGGACAAAAUUGGACCACUCCUGACUAGAGUUGCCAACAUUAUUGUUGAUGUCACAGACAUUUAUUAG